CUCCUGGUUACCCAUGAAGCGUCGCAGCGUUAAUCCUCGUAGGAGAGACACUCACAAAAACCUAGCCAAUUUAGGCUUUUUCCAGUAUCUUCUUAGCUUCAUUUUGGAACUGUGACAUGGCAUCCAAUAUGAGCUUGAAGACCCACGUCAUCAUAUUCACCCUGGCUCUUUCACUUGUCUUCUUUGUGCAAGGCACUCUAGGCGGAUCAAUAACAUGUGAGAAUCUAGAGCAGGAGACAUGCGCGUUCGCAGUGUCGUCCUCCGGAAAGCGCUGCGUUCUCGAAAAGCGUGUGAAAAGGAGCGGAGAGGAAGCGUACACAUGCCGUACAUCAGAAAUUGAGGCCGAUAAACUGAAGGAGUUGAUCGAGACUGACCAAUGCAUCAAAGCAUGUGGGCUAGAUAGGAAAACACUGGGAAUCUCAUCUGACUCUCUCCUAGACUGUCGCUUCACCCAAAAGCUUUGCUCACCCCAAUGCUACGAGAGCUGCCCCAACGUCGUUGAUCUAUACUUCAAUCUUGCUGCUGCUGAAGGUGUGUUUCUUCCCAAAUUAUGUGAAAUACAAACAAAUCCGCGGAGAGUGAUGUCCGAGCAGAUUCGCAGCUCUGGUUUUGUUGCACCAGGACCCGUGAGACCUGCAAAGUUCCUGGUUGCACCAAUAGCUGCCCCAGCAAUGGCACCAUACUAGAAAGAAAAAAGUAUAUAUGCUAGCUAUAAGCUGCUGAUCCAAGCCUUAAUUAGUACUUAAUUAGGUUAUAAUUAAUAAUGAAGACACACCAAGGGCUCGGUAACUGCGCUGAACUAUCAUGCAUUGAUCUGGUCAUGUGUGCAUUCGAUCGAGGUGGGUGUGGUGUGUAUAUUUAUGUGUGUUCUUCAGAUCAAUAAGACCAUGUUGUGGUAUCAUGUAACGUUACGUACGCUUGUGUGCUUUGUGAUAUGGUUUGGAUCUGAGAUAAAUAAAGGUUUUUUAUUUGGCUGUA